AUGUCUAAUGGCAAGACUUUCCGAUGUAUCGUGGAUCUUUAUAUAAAGGCGGUGUCAGCUCCUGGCAUACGUCUCCCCAGAAAAGAUCGUUUGUACCUAAGUGUCUUCAUAUUUGGGCAAUACAAAAUCACAAAGCUUGUGAAACGGAACUUACCAUUAAUAUUUGAAGAAAAAUUCCAAUUUGAUAAGAUUUUCUUUGACCAGAAACAUCCAACCGAUAUAAUCAAUAUUAACUUGAAAGACCAGAUGGUCCUCAUUGAACUGAUUCAAAAAUCUCCCAAGAAUGGGGCUUUUCAACUGGCAACAUACUGUGAUUCAGCCUCAAGUUUCCUUUAUCCUUAUUUUUCUCUUACACCUGUCUAUGCCAGCAGCCAAAGAGAACUUCUCAUGUCUCGGUCGCCGGAAUAUACAGGAAUCUCACCAAAGUUAGAAUUCCAGGUGAAUACCCAAUUCUAUGAAGAACCCCUGAUGAGUAUCAAAGAUUCAUUGGAAGGUCUUCAGGACACUAUUAAAAGCAUCCCAAAUGAAAAAUGGAAAACUGAUUCUACAGCCAAAAAAUAUACAAAAUUUUCAGAACAUGAAUCACUGCUGCCCUUUGAAAAUGGUCUUUCCCAUCGAUUAUACAGUCAACAAAAACAGACCAAAUCAGAGUGGUUUCCAAUAGAAGAAUUGGACAGAGAUCUAACUGAAUUUUUCCAAAAGUAA